GUUAUAAGUGAGAUAUAUGAGAUCGUGUAGAAUAGAAUUUUGAGUGUUUGAGAAUGGGAGAUGAGGUUGUGUUGUUGGAUUUCGGUCUGAGCAUGUUCUGCAUAAGAGUUAAGAUAGCACUUGCAGAGAAAGGGGUGAAGUAUGAGAUGAAGGAAGAGGAUCUGGUGAACACCAAGAGUCCACUGCUUCUGCAAUCCAACCCCGUUCACAAGAAAGUCCCUGUCCUUCUCCAUAAUGGCAAACCCAUCUCUGAAUCUCUCAUUAUUCUUGAAUAUAUUGAUGAGUUUUGGAAGGAUAAGGCACCACUUUUGCCCAUUGAUCCUUACCACAGAUCUCAAGCCAGGUUCUGGGCUGAUUUUGUUGAUAACAAGGUUCAUGAAGUGGCAAAGAAGAUAUGGACUGGGAAGGUGGAUGAACAUGAGGCAGAAAAGAAGGAAUUAAUAGAGAAUUUGAAGCAAUUGGAGGAGGCUCUUGGGGACAAGCCAUAUUUUGGAGGUGAAACAUUUGGGUUUGUUGAUAUUGCUUUGAUCCCUUUCUAUAAAUGGUUCUCUACUUAUGAGAAAGUGGGCAAAUUCAAGCUGGAUUAUCCAAAACUCGUUGUUUGGGCCAACAGAUGUUUUGAGAGAGAAAGUGUGUCCCAAUUCAUUUCUGAUGAAAAGGAUGUCUAUGACUUUGUUCUCAGUCACAGGAAAAGACUCGGAGUGGACUAAGAUACAAAAGGCAACUAAAAAUAAUACAAUUUUAAGGUUGAGAACUUUGUUUUAAGCCAAAUAAAUGAUAAAUGAUCAUACAAUAAUCUCAAUUCAGUUCGUCAGCUUGGAUUAUAAGAAAAAUGAAUUUAUGUUCAAGUUAAUCAUAACUUUUGUCUCCUUCUUAUUUUUC